AUAUACAAUUGACAUUUGACAGUUUAAUGACAGCCCUGUAGGAUAAGGCUUAUCAUUUACAAAAGAGAAGUAAAAUGGUAGUCUUUAGCACUUUAAGGCCUCUUUUGGGGCUUACAAGUGCCUCAGUAAGAUAUACUGUUGCUAAAAGGUCUAUGUCUGAUCACAAACAUAUGAAUAUAGCACCCUCAAGAUGGCAAUGGUCGAAAACCAAGGAUUUGCUUCACUUUUAUUUGUUACUUGGAAUUAUUCCUUGUUCCUUAGGUGUUCUAUAUGCUAAUGUUUUUAUUGGGCCAGCUAAACUAAGUGAAAUACCUGAGGGAUAUGAACCAAAAUAUUGGGAAUAUUUUAAAAGUCCUGUUACCCGCUUCUUGGCCAGAUACGUUUACACCAACCCACAGCAAGAAUAUGAAAAAUACUUGUGUUAUAUUUUUGUUGAAGAUGAAAAAAGGAAACUUAGGGAACUAGAGGAUCAAAUCAAGAAGAAAAUGAGUGAAAGAAAUGAUUAUCAAGCUUACUACUACAGACCAGUUUUGGCCAAAUACUACAGAAUAUCUCGUGAAGCUGCCGAUUAUUUGGAAACCAUUAGGGGAGAUUAAUUUGGUUUAAAAAUUUGUAGUUAAUUGUACCUAAUUUUAAUAAGUUAAUAAAAAUGUU